ACGACUACCAAGAUACGCAUAGUGAUUCGAUCUUUUGAUCACCCAUUUUUGGAAAACCAUUUUUUGGGGCUUCCGCCUUACACACGGAAGAUUGGAUUGCCUGAAUCACGAGUAUUAUAUACUGUGUUACGAUCACCUCAUAUUGAUAAAAAGUCCAGAGAACAAUUUGAAAUGGAAAUCAAGAAAGAAUUUCUGGUCAUAAAAACAGAAAGGCAUGAAGAAUAUUUGGAGCUCAAUAUGAAAUCCUAUUUUCUUGCAAGACUCGUUCGGAUAAGGGAAAACUCCAGAGAUUGCUUCGAAGUAAGAUCAUUGCCUUGA